CAGAAGCACGACCGUGGCUGCACGCUUUUGUCAACCAGCUCAGCUCUGACCUGUUCUGGGGGAGCCUGCUUUGCUUCAAUCCACACUCCAUCGAUGCAACUCAGCUGUUUUCUUUGUUUUUCUGUCAGUAUUUUGCCUACCUUAAUUGAGUUUUCCUAGGUCUUGUCUUUACUGUGUGUCUUUUAACACACCUGCAAUCAUGUGUCGCCUGAUGGUUGUCCUGCUGCUGUUUUUGCUUGAUUCAAUUUCCUGCGUUCAGUUUAUGGCAACUUUUAACAUGGGAGGAGUCACAGGGCAGGUGCAAAUUAACACCACCUCUAGGAUGUUCUUUUUCAAUGUGUCUGGAGUUGGAAGCUGCAGUAAACUUAACUUCUCCCUGAACCAGUUCCCAGUCAUGUAUGGCCACUUUGCUCAGCCCUGUUCUGAAGCAAAUAUCGGCCCCAGCGUCUUUGACUCCAUGGCUGAGCCCACUUCAAGCUUCUCCUUUCCCAUGUCACGCUUCCUCGAGAACAACUCCAACCUCGACGACUACUCGCUGACUCUGCAAACGUGUGCCGGCCCUAAAGUAUGCACAGUUUUGAGUCGAGGUCAAACAGUCCAGACAUAUCAGGCCAGGUUCACUGGCCCCAUUGCAGGGAAUGUUUACAUUCGCCUCAACGAAGGAUCUUCUGAACCCAGGCUGCUUGCAGACCUAUUUGCAAUCGGUCAGGUCAAUGCCGUCCAAAGAAACGUCACGGUCUCAGUCUCCAGAAGCACCGCUGCAAACUGUGAGCGUCUUCUUGGAAGCUUGAGUAACACUGCUGCUUUAGUCAAUCUGGGUCCUGUAAACGUUGGAACACCUUUAAUUCCUCUCAAAGACCAUCUGGCCCUGACCAGCUUCAGCACCGGCAAUCGCUUUCUUCUCCUCCCCAUGGGGUCGAGUUACCAGUGUGCUCAGAUCUAUGCUGUGCCGGAGAAGCAGGUGACUGCUGUUGUGAAUAUGAGGGGGAUCAAAGGAAACUUCCGCUUCAGUCAGGCUUCCCCGUUCGAUGUGACAUUUUUGACAGUGAACCUUACAAACUUGCAAAACUUAGUAGCUACCUACCACGUCCACGGUUUUCCUCUCCCCUACGUCAGGACUCCUUCUUCAAGCCGGUGUACAAAUGAUAAUGUGGCCGGCCACUGGAAUCCAUUCAAUCUCAACACAAGCAGUCCAACUUACCCACAGGGGCCAGGUUCAACCCACGACAUGUAUGAGAUCGGUGACCUCAGUGCCAAGCACAUGUCCCUCGCAAAUAGAACCGAGGUGGGCAUGAUGUUCACAGACUACAACCUCCCUCUGUUUGGACCAAACAGCAUUGUAGGUCGAUCAGUCGUGAUUCACCAAACGGGUGGUGCUAGGUAUGUUUGUGCGAGUAUUGGCUAUCCUGGUGAAGUAACCGUAGCCCAGGCCACGUUUCAGAGCCCCGUGGUUGGGAGGAUUUGGUUCACUCAGCUGAAGGACAACCUUGUGUCCGACGUAUCCAUCUUCAUGGACCUGUCAUAUGGAAAUCCCUCAAUGGCGGCAACUGCAAACCACAACUGGCAUGUUCACACCUACCCCAUCAGUUCAGCGAGGGAUGAUGAUGCGAUGCGUUGCAGCACGACAGGAGGACACUGGAACCCCUUUAACAUUAACACAUCAGACAGCAGCUAUGCCGCCCACUGCAGACCAUCAAGUCCAUCAUCCUGUGAGGUGGGAGACCUUUCCAGCAAACUCGGCACCAUCAACCUUGGCGCCACAGUGGGCUCUGUGCAAGCAAAAUACUUCUUCACUGAUGUCACGUCCUGGUUGUCUGAUUUAGGCAUAAUUAAUCGUUCUGUGGUCAUCCAUCAAGCAGAACGUGGAGGGCCAAGGAUUGCCUGUGCCAACAUCACACUGGUGCGGGUGCCCAAAGCUAGCUUAGGUACGUGGUUUGGAAACCCGAAUCCUGGCGGACAGAUACAAUUCUCCCAGGCUCUCCUACAAGGGCCCACAACCAUAACGGUAUCACUGAUCAACCUGAACUCCAUGGCUCGCGGUUACCAUGUUCACAUACUCCCCAUCACACCUGGCAGGGCCGAUCCCUGCUCCAAUGCAAACAUUCUCGGCCACUAUAACCCAUUAGCCUUUGAUAUAUCAAACAGUCCACCAGCUGGAGUGGGAACAGUAGACCAAUAUGAGAUUGGGGACAUCGCCGGGAAGUUUGCUACGCUGGAUGGCCUCAACCAGUCUGACGCCGUUUACAUGGACCCUGACAUGCCAUUAACAGGCCCCUACAGUAUAGUGGGAAGGUCUCUGGUGGUUCACUACACAAACGGAUCAAGACUGCGCUGUGUGGACCUCUCAGCUGACAGGAAUACAGAUGGACAAUGGGUCGUGGCCACUGCUGUUUUCAAUAAUACAGUGACUGGGACAGUGACACUGCGGCAGCAGAUGUUUCCUGAUGGCAGUAGCGGUGAUGUCACCGUGCAUGCCGCCCUUCGGUCGACAAACACAACCAUGGCAUCCAUGUUCAUCACAAACGUGCAGGCCGUCAACACCCGCCAGUGCACCGGUACGGGAGGAACGUUCAAUCCUUUCAACAUGACCUCAAUGAGCUCCAGCUGUUCACUCUUGGACCCUCUGAGCUGUGUGGUGGGAGAGUUGUCCGGAAGACACGGCGCCAUCAGCCUGACUCAGGGACAGGUCCUCACCGACAGCACCAUGCAGCUCUUUGGCGACAACACGGUGGUCAAUAGAACUGUGCUUCUGAUGGACGGGAACAACGUGCUCGCGUGUGCAGACAUCGUCGCAGUAUCUCCCUCAGCGCAGCAGACCUUCCCAGUGACUAGCUUCAGCAGAUAUGACUUCCGUAUGAGGGUUGCACGUGUACUGGGUAUGGAAACCGCGAGAAUCACCAUCCUGCCGCCUUCUCCCAUACCUGCUGCUGGUGGAGUGUGCCAGAGAGUUGACUUCAUGGUGUCUGGGAGUGUCAGCGCAGAACUACUGCAGUCUGUGAAAAACAGCGAGAUGAUGGGCCCGUUCCGAGAGUCGGACACGUGUACAACACGUAACGCUGGUUUGAAGCUGAUGCCAGGAACCUUUCUUCUGGGCUUGUUUGCUGUUGCCUGUCUGCUGCCAGCCACAGUUUCUUUGUAACUGAGCGAUUGGGCCACACAGUGAAUCAUCAUGGAUCCUCCGAUUGUAGAACUACCAUUAUGUUUAUGAACUGUAGCCCACCAAAUGCUAUGAUGGUCAUCUGAUUAAUGAUCAACCAAUGUAUUUAAAUUUCUGCAUGCAACUUAAUAAUUUUAAGCAGCAAGCUAUCUUUAACUGUUAAAUGUAUUUUUAAUAUUCACGUUCAUUGCUUUGCAACAGACACUGCUUAUAUUUUGAUGAUUUGGACUGUGAAACGGGUGGGUAAAACGUAUGCGGUACAUUUUUUGGGUAUCCAAACUUUAUUUCUGAAUUUAUGCACAAUGAAUGUAUUUAUGUCAAAAUGUUACUGUUUAGAAAAUUGUGAAUAAAAUAUAAUCGUAUUUGCAUGA